AUGUCCCCCGGAAAUGAUGACUCCACCACGGAUGACUCGAGAGAGAUUGGUCGGGGCCGAGAAGUGGGCGUUGGCGUUGUGGUCAACAAUGAAAGGAGGUUGAAGAGGAUGAUAUCAAAUAGAGAAUCAGCUCGCCGGUCGCGAAUGAGAAGGAAAAUGCAGAUAGAAGAGCUUCAGUACCUGGUGGGCCAGCUCCAGACGACGAAUCGACAGCUCUCGGAGAAGCUCAUUCAGUUGCUGGAUUGUAAUCAGCAGAUUCUCCAGGAGAAUUCUCAGCUCAAAGAGAAAGUUUCUUCUCUUCAGAUCAUACUCUCUGACUUGCUUGUCCCUUUGAGAAACAAUGCUGGUGAAGAUCAUAACUCAAGCGCUGAUCGAAUGCUUAAAGCUCAAGGUUCUUCCACCCCAUCGGUUACUAUAAGUUCCAUGCAAUUGCUUCAUUGA